CUUGAAACCACUAGAGGCCGCUGUGGGAUAGAAAGACAAGUGCGACAACUGUAUCUUCUUGACGGCCGAUGAUGACAUGUCAACAACAAACAUGGCAGCCAGCAAUAACUACUGGGAAGAUUUGCGUAAACAAGCCAGGCAGCUGGAGAAUGAGCUUGACCUCAAGCUAGUCUCCUUCAGUAAGCUUUGCACCAGCUACAGCAGCAGCAGCCCAGACCAGCGGAUGAGAGACAGCAGGUCUGACUCUCUGGGCUCAUCUCACGACAACUUGCUUGUGGCCAUGACGACUGAGCUGGACCAGCUCUUAGCCAAUCUUACAGCAGUCAAUGACAAAAUGGCAGAAUACACUAGCACCCCUGGAGUUUCGUCACACAACGCAGGAUUGAUGCACACCUUACAGAGGCACAGAGACAUUUUACAGGACUACACUCAUGAGUUCCACAAAAUCAAAAGCAACUUCUAUAGCCUGCGAGAGCGAGAGGACCUUCUGGGCUCAGUUCACAGAGACAUUGAGUCCUACAAAAGCAGCUCAGGGGUGAAUAACAGGAGGACAGAGCUCUUCCUGAAGGAGCACGAGCAUCUAAGAAACUCAGACAGACUUAUUGACAACGCAAUAAGUAUCGCCAUGGCUACCAAAGAGAACAUCACAUUUCAGCGUGGGAUGUUGAAGUCCAUUCAAACCAGGGUCACAACUUUGGCCAAUCGCUUCCCCGCCAUCAACAGUCUCAUCCAGAAAAUCAAUUUGCGCAAGAGGCGGGACUCUAUAAUUCUGGGUGUGGUUAUUGGUGUCUGCACCAUACUCUUGUUGCUCUACACUUUCCAAUGAAUCGCCAUCAACUGACAAAAUAUACGCACUGUAACUCUAACCAAGUGUAUCCAAGGUGGUUUUUAUUCUCUCUAUGGCACAAAAACAUAACUGACACAAAAUAUUGAAAAUAUGAUGUAAUCUCUCAGAUUGGAGAGUUUAUUUAUUUUCUGGGGAUUUGUAUAUUGCUGCUUGUAUCCUGUUGUUAUUUUAACUCCUUAUAAAUUUACAUAAUAACCUUUCAUUGGGAUUGUGUAUUGUAUUGACUUAUUUUAUUAAAUUAAAAGUGACAAACUCA